UCUAUUGAUGGCACGUCAAUAAAUUCAUCACACGCACAUAAGAACGCAUAUAACUAGACAAACGCAUAUGCAUUUCUCCCAUUCUAAGUUAAUUAAAUCCAUUGGCCAAGGAAAACAAAACAAUGGCCGACGACCCCCUUGUUCUUGGACGUAUAAUAGGAGAUGUUUUGGAACCUUUUACGAGUUGUGUCACUCUGAGGGUUGCUUAUAACUGCUCAAAUGUUUUCAAUAGUUGUGAGUUCAAACCUUCCCAAAUCGUCAACAAACCAAGAGUUGAUAUUGGUGGAGAUGACCUAAGGAUCCUUUACACUCUGAUAAUGGUGAACCCUGAUGCUCCUAGUCCAAGUGACCCUAAUAUGAGGGAAUACUUGCUUUGGUGAGUACCCUUCUCUUGCCUCUUGCACUUAGUAAAAAUAUCUUACUGCACACCCUAAUGCUUUAGUUUUAUAAAAUUAAAAUAAAUAGUUAAUUAGUAAGAGACAUUAUAUUAUAUAUUUAAAAAGUUAAGGGAUAGUUAUCUUAAUAUGAAACUUACGCAUUCUUGCA